GAUUUAAGUUCCAUCUCCUCUAAAACCCUAGAGAAAACCAUUUUCCCCCAUUCGCUGCAGUCUGCAGAGUCGCAGCAUUCCUCAGCUUUCUGGAGUUCAGCCAUGUCGGAAGUUGAGAUUUCUCGAUCGGAGAAGAAGAAGAAGAAGCACCGGAGCAAGGAUGAGGAUGUUUCACCGGCUGUAGGUUCCGACGAGCAGCCGCAGAAGGACGCCGCCGACUUUAUGAUCAAGCCCCAAAGUUUUACUCCUCCGGUGGACACAUCUCAAUGGCCUAUUCUUCUCAAGAACUAUGACCGUCUCAAUGUGCGUACCGGUCACUACACUCCUCUGCCGUCCGGUUACUCCCCCCUCAAGCGUCCUCUGGCUGAGUACAUCAGGUAUGGUAUUCUCAAUCUUGAUAAACCGGCGAAUCCUUCGUCGCAUGAGGUCGUGGCCUGGAUUAAAAGGAUUCUUCGGGUUGAUAAAACUGGUCAUAGUGGUACUCUCGACCCGAAGGUUACAGGGAACCUUAUUGUAUGCAUUGAUCGAGCCACGCGGCUCGUGAAAUCGCAACAGGGUGCGGGUAAGGAGUAUGUCUGUAUUGCUCGGUUGCAUUCUUCUGUGCCCGAUGUUGCUAAAGUUUCUCGGGCUCUGGAGACACUCACUGGAGCUGUGUUUCAGAGGCCGCCGUUGAUUUCGGCAGUGAAAAGACAGCUUAGGAUUAGGACUAUAUAUGAAAGCAAGCUUCUUGAGUACGACGCUGAAAAGCAUUUGGUUGUUUUUUGGAUUUCGUGUGAAGCUGGAACUUAUGUUAGGACGCUGUGUGUACACUUGGGUUUGAUUCUUGGUGUUGGGGGGCAUAUGCAAGAACUUAGGAGGGUGAGAUCUGGGAUUCUGGGCGAGAAGGAUAACAUGGUUACAAUGCAUGAUGUUAUGGAUGCUCAAUGGGUUUAUGAUAAUUUCAAGGAUGAGAGUUAUCUGAGAAGGGUAAUUAUGCCUCUUGAAGUGGUUUUGACGAGCUAUAAAAGAUUGGUUGUCAAGGAUUCUGCUGUCAAUGCCAUUUGUUAUGGUGCUAAGUUGAUGAUUCCAGGGUUGUUGAGAUUUGAGAAUGAUAUUGAAGUUGGGGAAGAAGUUGUACUUAUGACCACCAAGGGGGAAGCAAUUGCUCUUGGUAUUGCAGAGAUGACCACUGCAGUGAUGGCAACUUGUGAUCAUGGCAUCGUUGCAAAGAUUAAAAGGGUUGUGAUGGAUCGAGAUACUUACCCAAGGAAAUGGGGAUUAGGUCCACGGGCAUCUAUGAAGAAAAAGCUUAUUGGAGAAGGGAAGUUGGAUAAGCAUGGAAAACCGAAUGAGAACACUCCUCAGGAAUGGCUGAGGAAUUUGGUUUUACCUACUGGUGGGGAUUCCUUGGUUGCGAGCCAUUUUGCUGCUGAUGCCGCUGAUGAGGGUAAGCAAGAGACAGAAAAAGAUGGAGGCGGGCGUAAGCGGAAACUGGACGAAGACAUGGAAGCUGCUCCUACUAAGAAACUGAAGACUGAAAAAGCUGAAGAAGCUGAAGAAGUUGAUGAAGUGGGGAAGAAAGAAAAGAAGAAGAAGAAGAAAGACAAAGAGAAAGGCAAUGUGGAACCUGCGGACGAGGAGAAUGUUGAGAAGUCAGAGAAGAAAAAGAAGAAGAAAGACAAAGAAGCUAAAGAAGCAGGUACACCCGAGACCGAGAAGUCCGAGAAGAAAAAGAAGAAGAAAGAUAAGGAAUCUGGAAAUGAUCAUUCUCAAUCACCUGCUGGUAUUCAAAAUGGUGAAGCUGAUGGUCAUGUGGAUGGGAGUGAGAAGAAAAAGAAGAAGAAAAAGAAGAAUAAAGAUGCAGAAGAAUAAGAUACAGAGUUCAGAAUUCUACUUUUGAUUUGGGUAACUCAGAUUGUAUGGCUAUCUAUUUCGGUUUCUAGAUUUUGCAAGUUUUUUUUAUGCAGCAUUUCCUGUAGAAUUUUUGUUUUUGUAUUUCGGCGCUAAAUGUAGGAUGUUCGAUUCUAUCAAAUCUUACUUGAUAUUCUCUCUUUUGCA